GCGGGGAGGAGCCGGGAGUGUCGGAAUGCGGCAGGCCGCUGUGGACGCCAAGGGUUGAACCGAGCUGUCUGGCUUUCUGAAGGGUGGGCCGGGCUCCUUUUGGUCUAACAGCCAUGUCCACCUUCAGGCAGGAGAAUGUGGAGGACCAUUAUGAGAUGGGAGAAGAGUUGGGCAGUGGCCAGUUCGCCAUUGUGCGGAAGUGCCGGGAGAAGAAAAGCGGCCUGGAGUAUGCGGCCAAGUUCAUCAAGAAGCGGCGCCUGUCGUCCAGCCGGCGGGGCGUGAGCCGGGAGGAGAUCGAGAGGGAGGUGGACAUCCUGCGGGAGAUCCAGCACCCCAACAUCAUCACGCUCCACGACAUCUUCGAGAACAAGACGGACGUGGUGCUGAUCCUGGAGCUGGUCUCGGGGGGUGAGCUCUUUGACUUCCUGGCCGAGAAGGAGUCCCUGACGGAGGAAGAGGCCACCCAGUUCCUCAAGCAGAUCCUGGACGGGGUCCACUACUUGCAUUCCAAGCGCAUAGCGCACUUCGACCUGAAGCCCGAGAACAUCAUGCUGCUGGACAAGAAUGUGCCAAACCCCCGCAUCAAACUGAUUGACUUCGGCAUUGCUCACAAAAUCGAAGCAGGGAAUGAGUUCAAAAACAUCUUUGGGACCCCGGAGUUUGUAGCCCCUGAAAUAGUGAACUACGAGCCCCUGGGGCUGGAGGCUGACAUGUGGAGCAUCGGGGUCAUCACAUACAUUCUUCUAAGUGGCGCCUCUCCGUUCUUGGGCGAAACGAAGCAGGAGACGCUGACGAACAUCUCCGGCGUGAACUACGACUUCGACGAGGAGUAUUUCAGCAACACCAGCGAGCUGGCCAAGGACUUCAUCCGGCGCCUGCUUGUCAAAGAUCCCAAGAAGCGGAUGACAAUUGCCCAGAGCCUGGAGCAUCCCUGGAUUAAGGUGAUCAAGAGGAGGAACGUCCGCAAUGAAGACAACGGCAGGAAGCCGGAGAGGCGGCGUCUCAAGACCACUCGGCUCAAGGAGUACACCAUUAAGUCCCACUCCAGCAUGCCCCCCAACAACACCUACGUCAACUUUGAGCGCUUCUCCAAGGUCCUGGAAGAGGUGGCUGCGGCUGAGGAGAGCCUCCGGGAGAUGGAGAAGAACAAGAAGUCCUUCCGGGAGGACAUCGAAGCCUUGCGCUCCAUCUACGAGGAGAAGGAGUCCUGGUACAAGGAGGAGAAUGAGAGCAUCCGCCAGGACCUGCGCCAGAUCCGGCAGGAGCUGCAGAAGACAGAGGCCCUGAAAAAGCAGACCCAGGAGGAGACCAAGAGCACCCUGCUGGUGGCCAGUGGGCUCAAACGGCGCUACCGGAAGCUGGAGAACCGCUAUGAGGCUCUGGCCAAGCAGGUGGCCUCGGAGAUUAAGUUUGUGCAGGAGCUGGUGCGGUCAAUGGAGCAGGAGAAGCUGCAGGGUGGAGAUGGGGACUGCAGCAUUCGCUAGCCUUCAUCCUCUGAGCUUGUGGGGCUGGGGAGGAGGACACUGCGGGGGGAAGAAUACCUUUGCCAUGGCCUGUAUGGAUGAGACACCCAAUCUGUGCCCACUUGAGCUUCACCUAUUUGCUAGGAGCCCGAGAAGCUUGGCCUUAAUGGCAUAAAAUGGUAGACUGCAGCAGCACUUAGUACACAGGUAUGACAACCUGGACACUACAACUCCCAUCAUGCAAUGUUUCUGAUCCAAAUUGUAGUCUGCUGAGCCCACUGCAUGCUGGGACCUGUAGUCUUACCCAAAUUGCCCCAUCAUAUUAAAGGACAAGGCUUCACUAUUUAUGGGCUAGUCUCCUACCAGCCCCCUGUUUUGAGGGUAUAUUGACAAUAGCAGCUUUUAAUUACUUGCGAGUGGGUCCAGCCCUUGUUCAAGGACUUGGGCUGUUUCUUACUCUGAAGUUAAUGAAAUCACUUGCUGAUCAUUCUCAAUGUUCCAUCUCUCUUCCCUGCUGGCUCUGACCACCAGCAGCGAAAGCUCUGACUUGUCUAAUUCCCAGGAGCCAUGGCUGUGGCUAUGCUGACCUGGGUACUGCGGCCGUUUGGAUUUCUAGAGUAUUCUGGCAGCGGGAGCUGCUCUUGCAAGUUCACAAGACUCUUGCCUGUCCGGGGGAAGAGACCAGUGGGUGUUCCCAGAUAACUAGUUCCAUAGGGGAGAGCUGAACGGCUUGUGGGGGCCCCUGAUCUGGGCAUUGUACGGACUGUCUCGAUAGCUCCUGACAUGUUUGGAGAUUGAAGAGCCAAACCCUUUGGAAAAGAGGCUUCUAACUGGCCAGUCCGUAACCUGGCUGUCAAGCCCUCCUGACCUGGGCAACUUGCCUUAGCCAACCUCCUUAGCCGGCUCGUGCAGUGGCGGCCUGUCUGUACUCUCGCCCGUAGAAUCUCUUUCGCUGAUUUGCAGGCUCCUCGAGAGCUGUUGCCUCAGCAGUGUGACCUACCUUCCUUCCUUCUCGGGAGCUGCCUGUGUCCCUCAGCGACCCAAGUGCUGCUUUAUUCCCUGGUGUGAGGGGAGGGCUUUAAUUUCUUUUUAACCUCUCCAAGCCACUCUGCUGUUGGAAAUAGGCUGCUUGGCAUCAUGCCCAGUACUCCUGACCAGCUUUGCUGGCCACAGGAGGGCCUAAGGGUCUCGCCUCACUCCUGCUCCUUGUUCUGCGUGUUCCUAACCGCUGCUUGUCACCGACCAGAUCUUCAAUUUCAAUCCAGCCCUCGUGGCCUGAUUCAGUGUUUGACCCUCUAGGGCCUAAUGCCCUUGCACGUUUCUCCCUCGCCCUCUCCUUAUGUUCAUCAUGUGCAGAAGCCACUUGUCAGGGCUUGUCCCUUUUCUCCCCUACUCCCACCCCACCUUUGAGCCUGAACUGGCCUCUGGGCACUUCCCAUGUCCCUGCAUGUUGCCAGCAUGCGCCAGCUCAGGGCCUGUGGUCUAUAGUGUUUGAUUUGUCACUUCCCUGGAGUUAUUCCCUUAACACCUUCCAACCAGGGACCUGAGAGUGCUUUGCUGACACCAACUGAACCUCAGUUGACCCUGUGAGCAGAAUCCGUAUAUGUUUCUAGAGUGAACUGAAUUGCACAGUCAAGUCAUGGGAACAGAACCCAGGAGUCCUGCCUUCCAUCUUGACCCACUAGCCAAUCCUCUUGCCUGCAAGCUAAACCCCAUUUCUGCCUCCACCACCCAUGUCUAGUUACAGCUUCUCUGUGGCCUGUUACCCAGCCAAGUUUAACUUCAUGUUUUGUCGUCAGCAAAACAUUUGCUGCCCCCUUGCUGCAAUGUACCGACAGCUGCUUUGAUAGUUCAAGGCAACUAUUUGACUCUAUAGUGUACCUUGAAUUUCAGUUUCCCUAACUUUGACCCUUACAGCCAUGUUCUGUCUUCAACCCCACGUCCAAUCGGUUUACUUUCUUGGCUUCCCUCCCGUCUGUUCUAGCCUGGGUUUGCUCUACACAACCACCCAGUGCAAGAAAGAAUCUAUAUGCAGACUGGAAGUGGUGGGGGAAGAAACCAUCUCAAGCUGGAAAACAAUAAUCAGGCUGCAAACGUGGCAUGUGCAGCUUGUCUGGUUUCUUCUAGUCUGUGGACUCUAGCAUCUGGAGGGGAAGAAUGCCAAGAAUGCCCUGGAAGCAGUGAGGAAUUUGUUGCUUUAUGGCUUGAAAAGCCAUGCAGGCUAGUGGCUCCAUUGUUGGAGAGUCCCUUUUCAACUGGUCUCUCUAAACCCCUGCUUUCUUCCAUGUCACUCUGUCUUGUCCUUUUAAGCAAUCUAUGACCAAAGACUUUGAAUCUCACAGGGGCCCAGUCCUUGCAGUUGCCAGAUACCCUCCUGUCCUAUCAUUUUCACUGGGAAUAAAGGGUUGCUUGACACUUCCUAGGAUCAGGUCCCACAUCUGCAGGGAGCGUGACUUCUACUCUGCGCUCAUGUCACUUGUUGCCAGGCUGUGUAACCAGAGAGGGAGUAGGACCCUGGCAGUCGCAGUUCAGGGCUGGGUGGUGCAAGGUUGUAUCCUGGGUGUGGUCAGAUGUGACAGCAGCUACACCUAGAAAUCUCUCGACCGUUGUCUUUACCCAGCUUAAGGAUUUGGGCUCCAUACUGUAAAAUGAAAGAGCAAGAAAAUGCCUAGCGGAGAAUAUUGCUGUUGCCUCUUCCUCUGCAGAAGCAACGUUUGAUGCACUUAUCUCAUUCCAAUUGUAUUCCCCUUUUCUCCUGUGCCAUAGCUCCGGAGGCCGUGGAUUCAAAAAGCAGCCCCGUGCCUGUGUAAGGUGCAGCAUUGAGGGCUGUCAGGUAACUCUUGAACUCUGAGCUGUAGUGCCCCCGGUGCUGCCUCAGCGAUGAAAUAGACCCGUGCGUUUGUGCCAAUCCGAGUCAAAAGCACCAUUGCAUGUGCCGUACCCCAGCACCCAACUUCCGUAACGAAGUGGACACCGGCCAGAGGGCGCUUUCAGGCAAACUUGUUCUAGUGGAACAGAAAUGUCUGUGUGAAAUGAGGGAGAGGCCGGGACUGGUUCAUCUCUAGGCCUGUUUGGCUACACAGUCGAUCAGAGAAACCAGAUACUGAACCAAGAGAUGUUGGUUGCCAAGAUCUGCAGAAAACUUGUGUUUUCCCAGCUUCUUUCCAGCCUGUGAUGUGUGAUGUCUAAGUGUCCUUUCCGUACCAGUGUGCUGUGCGUUCUGAGGGCCUGGAGGAGGGAACCUUGCAGCCACUCUUGUGUGUUCCUGGUUUUUGAAUACCUUUACCCCCUGUCCUCGAGAAAGCAGGUGCUGGUGCGGGAUUAAAUAGAUGAGGGGAGGCAGGUGUGAACUACCAGGUGAGCAGUGAGGUCUGUCCAUGGGCUGGUCUCGAGCUGCUCGGAUGAGUUGGGAGCCCCAUGGUGUGCCUGAGUGAAUUGCACUGUGGCAAUCCUUGACUGUCCUUGAGCAAGGACUUAGUGUCUCUUCCCAUCCAGGGAAAGUCCUUAGUCACUCCCUGAAGCUGCAUGUUGAUGUCAACACAGGGCCUUGAGGAGGGAGAAGAGCAUGGGCUGGAUCUUGGGGAAUCCCGAUGCUUGUCGUGAAUGUGACAGUGGGGCAGAUAGAAACUCCUGUGUGAAAGCCACUAGUCACUGGGACCCCUGGCCCCUUCUGAGAGAAAGUCUCCACUCUGCCUAGGGGUCCCCAAAGGAAAGGCUGAGAGAGGUCUCUGGGGAACAGCGGCUCUGCCAUUGCUUGGGGCAGGGACUUGACUGGUUUGUAUCCGAACCUAAGGUUGAAAGGCAGAUGGUGCCUCCAGCUCCCUGCCUGAACCCUGUGGUGGAAGGAGAGCUGUAGCACAGCAGCAACAACUAGCAGCCAAUCAGUGUUCAACUUUGCCUGAAGGGAGUUGGGGGUUGGCCAAUCACUGACUGUCAGUGUAGACAGAGGCUGAGCCCUUUUUUUUGGUUUACCCACUUGGCUGUCUGGGCUCAGGGGUCGUGUUGGUCUGUGCCAUGCCCUAGUGCCGGUGUAGCAGGGAGCUGUAUUAACCUUGGGCUAGGUUCACUUUUAGUAGGAAGAAGUGACCCUAUGUACCCCUCUGCUCUGGGACACACAAUCCAGUACCAAUGGGUUACACCAGCCUGUCUUUUAUUUUAAAGGAAUAAAGAUUUCUGUAUCAACAGGC